AUGGAGCUGCUACUCCUUACCACACUCUCUACUACCUUCUCUCUUCUGCUAACAUCCUGCGCUUACUCUCACCAAACUGAUCAUCAGAUGUUAUCAUCUGUUGAACAAGGUAAUCUUUCUCUCUCUCUCUCUCUCUUUGAUACGAUUUCUUAUCUUUCUCUGUCCAACAUUAAUUUUCUGUGGACAGUUCAUGAUCUGGGUAUCUCCCUCACCAAACUGCCAAGGAAGCUGAGACCAGUUGAGGAACCAUUCACUCUUAAAAGAUGCAAGACUGAGGACUCUAAACCAGAAGCUAACAAGAAAGAAGACUUAUCAGGUAAGAUGAUACAACACAGUCAGGUGAUGGUGAAUGGAAGAGAAGGGACAAGACAGAGAUGGAUCCAAAGGAAGGACAUGUGGCAGUUUUUCACUAUGGACUAUAGCCAUAUAAGACGACGACAACCAAUACAUAACAAGGCCAUGCCAACUAGACCCUGA